CAAAAUAUGACGUAUGAGUUAAGAUGGCGGCGCCCCUGCCCACGAUGAAGUUCUGGAAACCUGGAUCAGAAGCCCCUGGGGUUUCAGAAGAGCGAGAGCUGACCACUGAGACAUCUAAUUGUCCCGUUAUUUACAACCCUCACACCUCACUGUCCAUUGAGAAGCAGCGACAAAAACUUCCAGUCUUCAAGCACAGAAACCACAUCCUGUACCUGGUGGAGAGCUACCAGACAGUGGUGAUUGUAGGGGAGACAGGCUGUGGGAAGAGCACCCAGAUCCCGCAGUACCUGCUGGAGGCUGGAUGGGCAGCGGAGGGCAAGGUUAUUGGGGUGACCCAACCUCGAAGGGUGGCUGCUAUUUCAGUUGCCAAUCGUGUGGCAGAAGAACGUGGUGCCCUGCUGGGCCAUGAGGUUGGCUACACCAUCCGCUUUGAUGACUGCUCUGACCCCCAUGCCACCCGUAUAAAGUUCCUGACAGAUGGUAUGCUGGUGCGGGAGAUGAUGGCUGACCCCCUUUUGAAGAAGUAUAGUGUCCUGAUGCUGGAUGAGGCACAUGAGCGAACCCUGUACACAGACAUCGCUAUUGGUCUGCUGAAGAAGAUUCAGAAAAAACGGAGAGAUCUUCGACUGAUAGUGGCUUCAGCCACACUGGAUGCGAAGAAAUUCCAAGAGUUCUUCAACCUGAAUGAGUCUGGAGACCCCAGCAAGGACACCUGUGGUAUUCUGACAGUAGAGGGACGCACCUUCCCUGUGGAUGUGUUUUACACAGUCAGCCCUGUUCCGGAUUAUGUGAAGGCCACUGUGGAGACCGUACUGAAGAUCCAUGAGACUGAGGAUGACGGAGAUGUUCUAGCCUUCCUCACUGGGCAGGAGGAGGUGGAGAAGGUGGUGUCCAUGCUGGUGGAGCAGGCCCGGGCUUUGUCCCGCUUUGGCAUGAAGAAGCACCUUCGUGUCCUACCCAUGUAUGCUGGCCUGCCCUAUGCCGAGCAGAUGAAAGUCUUUGAGAGAGUGCCUCCCACAGUGCGAAAGGUGGUUGUUGCCACCAACAUUGCAGAGACCUCCAUCACCAUCAACGGAAUAGUGUUUGUUAUUGACUGCGCGUUUGUCAAGCUGCGAGCUUACAACCCCCGAACGGCCAUAGAGUCCCUGGUGGUGACCCCCAUCUCCAAGGCCUCUGCCUGCCAGAGGGCAGGCCGAGGGGGACGCAACCGCUCCGGGAAAUGUUUUCGCCUCUACACAGAGGAGGACUUCGAGAAGUUGCCUGCUUCCACGGUCCCCGAGAUGCAGCGGACCAACCUGGCUCCUGUCAUCCUGCAGCUGAAGGCCCUGGGCAUCGACAAUGUGCUUCGUUUCAGCUUUCUUUCACCUCCACCUGCUCAGUCCAUGGUUCAGGCACUGGAGCUGCUCUAUGCCCUUGGUGGUUUAGAUCAGUAUGGGCGCUUGACUGACCCCAUGGGUGUGCACAUGGCUGAGUUCCCCCUCAGCCCCAUGUUUGCAAAGAUGUUGUUGGAAUCCGGGAACUUCGGCUGCUCCAAGGAGGUUGUGACCAUCGCAGCCAUGAUGCAGAUCCAGAAUGUCUUUGUGGUGCCACCCAACCAGAGGAAGGCAGCCGCUAAGGAGCAUAGGAAGUUUGCUGUGGCCGAAGGGGAUCACCUCACCAUGCUGAAUGUUUAUGAAGCCUUCAUCAAGCACCAGAAGAGCUCCCAGUGGUGCCAGGAGCAUUUCCUCAACUACAAGGGGCUUCUCCGUGCGGUGACGGUCCGGGAGCAGCUUCGUCGUCUAAUGAAUAAGUUCAAGGUGCCCCGAACUUCAAGUGAAGGUGACCCCGAUGUGAUCCUGAAGUGCAUCGUCUCGGGAUUCUUUGCCAACGCGGCCCGUUUGCACCAUUCUGGGUCCUACAGGACUCUCAGAGAUGAUCGAGAGCUGCACAUCCACCCCAACUCUGUCCUAUAUGGAGAGAAGCCUCCAAAGUGGGUGGUAUUUAAUGAAGUGGUACAGACCUCCAAGUACUUCAUGCGUGACGUGACUGCAGUCGAGUCGGCUUGGCUGGUGGAGCUGGCGCCACACUUCUACAAGCAAGCCAAGCACGGAUCGCUGGGCAGCAAGAGAUCCAGGGUUAUCUGAUCUGGACGCCCCGCCCCGCAGCCCCCGCCCCCCCACACAGCUGCCGGUCACAGGGGCUGCGCCCGCGGCAGCUGGAACAGGUCGUCGCUUUCACCGCUGGCGUGUGGCAGUGAGCGUUGGCGAGCCGUAGAAGGAGCGGUGUGGGGGAAGCGGGGCAAGCGAACCAAAGAGGAGCACCGACACUGUGGCCCAUCCGUAGUGUACAUAGAGAUGUAUUAUAUAUUUAUUCCCUCACAUCUUCGCACACCUGUACAUACAAAUGGGGCAGGCUCUAGUCCGGCCACCCCUGUUGGCCAGAUGUGGGGCCCCCCCACCCUCGAGUUUAUUUUUUUAUUCCUUUUAAGUCAUGGCAUGAUGCAGUGCACAAGGGGGAACGAGACAACGAUUUUUUUGACGGACCCAGAGGUUUUUAGAAGAGCAGUGUGUUUACUUCCAGAGCUUGAGAAUCCAGGUUUUGUGGCCUUAGAUUCAGUAAUGUUGCCAUAUUAAGUUUUCUGUCUGUGAAUACUGGAAACCUAAAAAUAGAGGCAUCAGGCGUGCUUACUCACAAAGGGUGUACUGAUGUUUUUUUCUGCCCCACACAUUUCCAGAAAGGGCACUUUGUGACCAUGUUUUUCAGUCAAGUUCUGUCAGUCCAUUUUUAUAGCUCAGAUUUAGUGUGCUAGAACCAUUCUGUGCCAAAUGGAACCAUAAUGGCCAUUUUAAAUGUGAAAUUUGCUCGUUCUAUAAAGUGUGAGUCCAGAUUGAACAGAAAAAAAAAAAAACCCUGUCGUGCCAAGUUUUCUGCAGAAAUGAGUUACACCAGUGCAUUCAGAAAGAAGCAAAACCAAAAGGAGCCAGAUUUCUAUCUGUUUUAAACCACUGCUCCUGUUUGUCUUGUUGACUGUAGGAUCAAACAUUAUUUAGAUCAUUAGCACAGGACACUCUUUAAAAGUAAAAUUCUAAAAUCUAGAUACCUUUUUAGAUUUUGCACUGUUUCAUCUGGGUGACCACCUAGUUUGUGCAUAGCCUGAUAAAAAGCUUUCAGUAAGAAUUAAACCCUGAGUAACAGGCUUCUGAGAGCAAGAUUAAAAGAUUGAGCCAUUGUAUUCCACCAAAACCUGCUUUCAUUUCAGUAAGGUUACUGUUAUAACUUUAUUGGUAAAUGUCUGCAUGGUGAUAUAUUUAAUAGCGUCCUUAUUAGGCUAGAUUUAACUGUUGCUGAGCACCACAGAAGUACUAAGGUUAUGUGCAAACAAGUAUACAACCAAAUAUUCUUGCAUGUUUAAGAACUCGAAUAACACCUGAAGAUUACGUCUAGUCUUACGUUGAAGUAGUUGAAUGUAAGAAGAUGUACACUCGUAUAUAUAUUUUAACCUGUACUCAGCCUGACUGUAGUCUAAGUUCUGAAGUAUUCCCUCAGCGAGACAUCUCCCAAGGUCUGUCCAGCACAUGUGAAAUAAAACUGAAAGA